AUGUCACAGCACGUCAAGUGGCUUGCAGGUCAGCCAGCAAAUCCAAUGUCACAGCACAUCAAGCGGAGGGCAGGCCCGCCAGCAAAUUCAAUCUCACAGGACUUCAAGCGGAGGUACCUCUUGGUGGCGGUGAGGGAAAGCGGGCCUUUAAAGUUGGAUUUGUGUUUCCGCAGCUUCCUCUACACGGUAGGCAACUUAAUGGUCGCUUUUGCCACUACGGCCUCGGCUCUGUUGCUGUUUCCUGCUGUCACGUUAAUAGGAGUGGGAGGAAUGUUGGUGCUCACAACAAACAUAAAGGCUGGAAAUCUGUUUGGGAGGAAUCGCUCCACAGUGAUCACCUUGUACAACGGAGCCUUCAAUUCCGGUGCAGCCGUCUUCCUGCUGGUCAAGGUGGCGUUUGAAGCUGGAUUACCCCUGAAGUCGAUCUUCCUCUUCAUCAGUUGCCUGAGCGUCCUGCAGAUUCUGUUCACGGUCUUUCUCCUUCCUUGGAAAUACAUACCAUAUCCACUGCCGGAGGGUUACACCUACGGCGUGAAGUUUGAGAAUCUCAGAUUUUUGCGACGUCGGAAGGAGACGGCUCCCCAGCGAAUUCCAAGCCUGGGAACUGUUCGGAUUGAAGGAGACGGGGAGGAGAGCAGGGUUGACACGGGAAGACGCACCAUGGAGGGGGGCAAGAGGAGGGAAUGUGGAGUGAAGCACGAACUGGCGGAGGGAGUCCUGGGAGUGAGCAGAUGUGAGAUGCGACACGCCACCGAUCUUGUGAGCGGGAAGAGUAGAGACGGCCGAAUGGAGGGGGGAGCACCGGACCCGGUGAGAAUAGCGGCUAAUGGAAAAGAACUGUCGAGUGCCGGAGGACAUCAUCAGCACAGCAGAGCGCAAGGUUCACUAUUCACGGAAACGGAAGAGGAAGUUCCCACUUUCUGGAGCUGCGUCUUUUCUUGGCUCUUCCUCACCAACCUGCUCUGGUUCUCGCUCAUUCAGCUGCGCAACAACAUUUUUUUCGGUGCCCUGAACACCUUGCUCAAUCUCAUGCUGAACGGUGACACCGAGCAAGUCAGCAAGUUUACAAACGCCUUUGCCAUCAUCCAAUUGUUUAGCAUCUUCUGCGCCCCCGUAAACGGCUUAAUUAUGGAUCGACGCAAAUUGAGAUGUCGGCGUUUGGACUCAGUCUCAGGUUCGGAUGCCUGCAGCAGACUGGCAGAGAUGGAGGCUGCGGUCCUCCCUAUCGCCCUCACCGUCACUCUCUCGGUCCUGUUGUCUCUGACUGCCGCAAUCCCCGUACCAGAGCUUCAGUACUUGACGUUUGUUCUGAUAAUGAUCAACGGCGGCUUCCUCUAUGGGGGGGUUUCCGCGUUUCCAACCAUCACCUUUCCGCCAUGCCACUUCGGAAAACUGUACGGGACAACAAUGGCCCUGGGCGCCGUGAUCUCUCUGUUGCAAUAUCCUUGCCUCAUCCUCGUUAACGGUCCGUUGCAGCACAAUCCGCUGUAUUUGAACAUCGCGUUCAUCGCCCUGGUAACCUUGGCCUAUGCCCACCCAAUCAACGUCUACUUCUACUGCCAUCGGGCCAAUUCUCAAAGGGCAAUGUGA